AGUAUAAAACAUCUUGCGAUGAAAAUGCACUUCAAGAGGUCAUCAAAGAGGCUUUCAAGGAUUAUGACCAUAAGGACUUUCCAGACAAAAUGGUCAAGAUUGCACUGGACUACCGACUUUCAAAGACUCCAGCUUGAUACUCAAAUUAUGUAUGAUGUUUUCGAGGUACAACCUUAUACCGCUCUUCAUCUAACCUUUGUUCUUGUCGCAAGUGCUUACCAAGGCCAUCUUCUAGCAAUUUCUAUUCCCAAUUUACCGGCGAUUUUACUUCUGUAUACCAGCUACCUCCGUGGUGGUUCCUCAAACUUUUAGUACCAUAUCUCUCGUAUUUCGUCUGUGUAUUUCCAAGUCCAUGCCACAUAUUCUACCCUCUGUGCAAUAUUUUUUGGGAAGGUGACCGACUGAACUUUA